UAAUGGUUUCCUGGAAAUUUGACUGAAAAUUACGGGAAAUUUUUUGUUCCACUUGCGGCAUUUGAUAGAAACUUUCUAACCUGAAAUUCUGAGUAUCAGUUAAAAUAAAGUCAACAAUUUAAAAGUUUUUAAAAUGCUGUAGUGUUGACAGUUGUCAUUUAAAAAAAAUACAGUGGCUUCAUCCAUUCAAAUAAAAAAAAAAUCUAAAGAUGACGAGCCGUUUUUUAAAAUUAUCAAACUUGAGUAAACAAAACCAUUUCAAAAAAUUUCAUACAACUACUAAAUUAAAGAAUUUCCAUGAACGUGACAGAAAAGGAGGAUUUCCUUUUUUAUACGAGGAUUACACGCCGAAAAGGCCGGAAACUUUUACAGGAAAGAUUAAACAAGCCUGCGUUAAUGUUUUCCACGAGUUGAAUUUGUAUAAAGACGAAGUUGUAGAGAAUUUUCGUAUGGACCCGCCGUUGUGUCAAUUACCAGGUGAGGUUGAUAUCCAAUGGAAAUUUGAUGGGGACCCAGAUAUACUGAAUCACUGGUCUGUGACAUCAGACAAAGACUAUGAUUUAGGAUAUUCUACUGCAAAGUUGGAAUUGACUCCCACCGGCACAGGAUUAUUUUCUGGUGUCCUUGAUACAAGACCUAUAAAAGACGGUAGACAAAAACAAGGUGGCUAUUGCAACCUGAGGUCUCAGAAAGUUAGGCAGUCUUUUUACAGAGAAGAUACUUUACCCUGGGCUCCAUAUACUCAUCUUAUCAUGAGGGUUCGUGGCGAUGGACGUGUUUAUAUGCUCAAUCUUCACCCGCAAAACACUUUCGAUCUCAUGUGGAAUGAUCUUCACAGUUUUGUUCUGUAUACUAGAGGCGGACCUUAUUGGCAGUAUGCAAAAAUACCAUUUUCUAGAUUUUUUUUGGGCAACAAAGGUAGGGUUCAAGAUAUCCAAGGUCCAGCGCCUCUUCAUAAUCUCUCCUCAUUUAGCAUCACUGUCGGUGAUCAAAUUCCCGGUCCAUUUAGACUUGAAAUAGAUUUUAUUGGCCUUGAACAAGACAAAGUUUUCGAAGAAGAAUUCGCAUAUGAAAUGUAUAAACCACCUAAUCCACAUUAUGAUUAAAUAUUUAUGAUAGAAUUAAUCAAAUUACUUUAAGGAUAGAAAAUAAAUGUAUAUUAAAUAUUUAGCUCGAUUAUUUUUUGCUCAAUGAAAGUAAUUUACUCCACUCCAUCUUUAAAAUAUACUUGGGAUUUUCUUUCACCAGAAAAUUGUUCGUUUAUUAGGUCAAUAUCAACGUCACC